AAAAAGUAAAUAGAAAAGAAUAAUAUAAAAAGCAUUUUAUUUUCUUAAGUUAAUAAUUAACUUACAUAUAAAGUACUGGUAGGUGUGUUUCUGUAUAAGGAUCUCUGUAACUACUUGUUCGUGGGGUUGAAUAGUAGAAAGUUCCAAAAUCCCGCCAAAUCUCGAGGUUCAUCAAUGGCGUCCUCGCUCGCGCUCCUCUUCUUCAUCCCUUCCUUCGUCUUAUCCUCCCUCUGCCACGCACUACCGCGCGAAGCCGUAUUUGACGCCGCCGACGUCCUCUUGGAUUCGGGGUUCGUGUCUAUGGCUCUAACACUAGAAGUCGUUGCCGAAACGCUUCUAGAGCAGUCUCCUUCCGCCACCGUCUUCGCUCCCUCCGAUUCCGCUUUCAAGAAAUCUGGCCAGCCGUCCCUGGACCUCCUCCGCUUCCACCUCGCUCCGCUCCCGCUCACUCCGUCCAGUCUCCGCCUCCUCAGCGCCGGCACAGGGAUCCCGACAAUGCUCCCUGGCCAGUCUCUUACCGUCACAACCUCUUCAUCCGAUCGCGCAACGUCCAUCAACAACAUAAAACUCACGCCAUCCCCAAUCUACGACGAUGGUUUUCUCUUAGUCUAUGGCAUUGACAGGUUCUUCGACCUUAACUUUCAGAUUAACAGUCAAAGACCUAGUUCUGAUUCCAAUUCCUCCUGUUCCGCCAAGAAUAGCACCACCGCUGCUUCCGAUACCUUCAACUCAGCCAUCCAAACCCUGCAAACUAGUGGACACUCCGCCGUGGCUUCGUUUCUCGGAAUGCAGCUCUCCGGAGUCGUGGAGCCGAGUGGAAUCACUGUGUUCGCUCCGGCGGACGACUCGGUGAUGAGCAGCAUCGGCGAUUUCGAUCAGUAUCCUUCGUUCUUUCGCCGGCACGUUGUACCGUGCCGACUUCUGUGGAAUGAUCUCGUUAAUUUGGGCGACGGAUCGCUGUUGCCGACGUUCUUGGAUGGAUUCAGCAUCAACGUCACCAGAUUUGACGGCGUUUUGGUUUUUAACGGCGUUCCGGUGUUCUUUCCCGACUUGUUCUUCAACGAAAGGGUUGCGGUUCACGGUGUUAACGAUGUUCUGGCGGCACAAGGCGAAACGUUUCCAGAAAACGCGAAAAACUUGUUCGACCCUUUUGAAUUUUGAGGAUGUGUGAAAUUUAACCACCGCCACCUUUGGCUUAGUGGUUGCUAUUGCAGAGACUCAUGCUCUUUUGUUUUGCAUGUGUGACGUUGAAAUUCACGCUUAGAUACGUGGUCAACGUCAUGCUUUCAUUUCUUUUAUUUGACUUCUCCACUGAA